AUGAAUCGAGAAGUCGAUACAAGUAGCUACCGGGUAGCAACUUUUGAAAAAGCCAAUCGGCGUGAGGUGAUCGGUGGUCGUUUGUAUGCUACCGGGUACCAUCUUUAUGGUACCUGGGUCGGAGGUCGAUGCAAGUAGCUGCCGGGUAGCUACUUGCAUACCUGACAUUCGCGAUUUCUUUCGGAAAGUCUGGAAUUGCUUCCCGGGUCGUUAUUAUUUGUUUCAGCUUUAUCCAAUAAGACCCUGGAAGGCUUGGGAAGGUGUAAACAAACACUGAUGGUAUAUAAACGACCGAUGUGUCAGCCAGUGCCAAUCGCGAAUUUCAGGUACAUACCUGGUAGCAUCCAGAUACCGAUCAGGUACUAUCCAGGUACCAUAGAGAUAGUACCCGGUCGCAUACAAAUGACCACCGAUUACGAUUCGCCGAUUGACUUCAGUUGCUACCCGGUACAUAAUUCUAUCUACCUCUCGAUUCACCAGUUAAAACGAGUAUUUACUUUUCUUUUAUUUUUCAUUCAAUUGACGUCAACUUCAUUUUCCCAACUUGAAACGAGAAAACGAAUGUUACUUGAAAAAGAAAAGAUUAAUGAUUCUACGUGAGCAAAAAAUAUAAUCUGAAACUUCUUUUUUGUUAAAAUCGGAAGACGAAAUAAAAGAACGAAAUAUGAAGGAGAACGUUGAGUAACAGUUUAAACUCAAUUGUUUUACAUUUUUUAUACUAGUCAAAAAAAAAAUUUGCUGUUUACCAACCAACAGUGAAAUAAAAUUUUGAAAACAAGAGACCUUACCUUGCAAAAAAAAAUGAAUGAAACACCAAAUACCCAAUUUUAAAGGCGCACGCUCAAGAGACUCGGGAUGUUUUGAAGCGCGAGAGGAAAUAGUGGGAGGAAAUAGCGCACCGUCUCCUUCCUCCUAAAAUUUCUUUUUUAAUUAUAUUUAAAAAAAUUAUACUGUGAUUUUUUUAAUCAAUUUUUUUCCUUCACUGAUAAACAUGUACGAGUUAGAUAAAUUUAUUAAAUAUGAUUCUGCUGAAAUUUAGUUACGAAAUUUAUUUAAAAAAAUUUUUUUGGAAAGUAUUAUUAUAAUAUCCGAUGGUCGGAUCACUGAUUGUGUAUAAAGAUCUUCCACAAAACAAAAAUCGAGACGAUGAGCAGUUUUUUUACGUUUGUUUUUUAACAAUAGCUUCACGCCAAAUUUUUUUUUGUUGACCUUUUUCAAAAUUUGUUUUUGUUUUUAAUCCAUGCCGCGCUCAAAGUAAUUUUGUAAAAACUCAGAUUCUUUUCUACUUUCCAGCGUUUUCUUUCUUAUUAGCUGACGGUCAUUUCAAUUCCGUUAGAUUUACUAUAAACGCAGCAACUUCGUUUACGUUUUUACGCAUUUAUGCUGUUUUUUUCUAAAAAAAUAUUUCAGAUGACCAAGGGUACUCAGGCUUUUGGUAAGAAGCACGUUAAAUCGCACACCUUGUGCAAACGUUGCGGAAGAUCCUCCUUCCACAUUCAAAAGAAGAGAUGUGCGUCGUGCGGUUAUCCUGAUGCUAAGAAGAGGACAUACAACUGGGGAGCGAAGAGCAUCCGCCGUCGCACUACCGGAACUGGCCGCAUGAAGCAUUUGAAAAUUGUUCAACGACGAUUCAGGUAUCAUUUUUUCAUAUUUGUUGUGUUUUUUUUAAUUGGAACUUGAAAUUUUUGGAACUUUAUUUUGGGUUUUAAUCUUUCACAACGUCAAACUAUAAAAAAAAUAAUUACCUGCAAAUCAGCGCGACAAAGAGAAGAAAUCUAGAUUACUGAGAGCAACUUCUUUUUAUGCACUGUUCGAAGUGAUUCCGCGAAAUCCAAAAUAGCCGUUAGAGAACGAAAAAAAGUGAAGAAGCAAAAGAAUUGGAGAUAGUUUUGCAUUUCGGGAAACUUACUAUCAACACGGAAAUACUUUUUCAAAAAUAUUUUUAACCAUUAUUUAUUAAUGAUCUUUUUUGGUCUAAAACUUUGCUUAAACGUUUAGAUCUAUUCAUUCAGUUUCUUAUGCCGUGUGUUCAAAUUGAUUCCGCAAUAUUCAAAAUAACCACCAGAGUGUGAAAAGAAAGUUUUUGGAGAUUAGAAAUGAAUUUUAAUUUUGCGAAUUACUUUGACACGGCAUUAUUCUGGCAGUUUGAUGUCGAGUUCGAAGCUAGUUCGACGCGCGCAGCGAAACAGUUUUUCUGAUUCAGCAGCUCGAGCCGAUUCGAAGAGCGUGACACGAGAUGGCUCCGUCUUUUUUGGCAUGUCCAAUAUAGUUUUCUUUUCAUUUUGAAUAUCUACUUGAAUGGGCGGAGCCGACCAAUCAGUCUGUGUGAAUCUGCCGCGUUUUGACUCGUGCUUUCAAAUCAGGAAAGCUGUUGUGCUUCGCGCGGAAUGAACUUGUGUGCUGAAAACGCGUAAAUUUGGGGUAGUGAAAAAAAACUUUUCGAGAUAGAACUGAAAUAGCUACUCGUGAUUUCUUUUUAUUCUAAUUUAAAAAAAAAAUUUUUGAUAAAAUUUUUGAUGAUUGAAUGAACAAUAUCAGUUUCAAAAAUCUUCUCUUGAUAGAUCGCAAAACUAUUGAAUUUUUUUAAAAUUUAGUCGAUUUUUUUGUGAGCCAAGUAGCCUCAGCACUUUCAAGUGGCUAUAAACUCUCAGAAACGUCCGCUUUGCGUUACCAAAGUUCGAGUUGUUUUGAAAAAGUUACUAAUAAAACUUUUUGUUCUUAAAUCUGAAUGGCUCUCUAUGCACGAAUAUUUUCGCAAUUUUCCUAGUUGAAGAACGGAUUUCACACUUGUUAAAACGGCAGUUCAGUCGCUAUAAUUUGAUUUUUAGAUACCUAAUUCAAGAGUAAUACGUAUGAAAAAAUUAUUGAAGUUGAAACAUGCUUCCGGCUUGUUUUUCUUUCACCAGUUACAGCCAUUUACACCUUUUGGAUGGCCUUCGUAUACUAUAAAAAAGGGACGCCAAAAUCAAAAAGAAUCAGAUUAUAGUGAUGCCGUGUUCAAAGUAAUUUCUACGAACUUUAAAAUAGCCUUUGGGGAGUUAAAAAGAUUUCGGAGAGUCAGAAAUAUUCUUGUAUUUUGCGAAAAAAUACUUUGAAACACGGCAUGGAGUCACCUAUCCAAAAAGAAUGUGCAUAAUGAAUAUUUUGUGUUCCUUGUUUAAGGUAAGUUCCAUCAGUUCGUGUAACCAAAGUUUAUUCUGAAAGUUUUGAUGAACUAUUUCACGAAUCGUUUAAAUUUUGCUCCUGCAAAACUGAAAAGCUCCCUAAAAGCUUUUCUAAAAAAAAGAUCGUGUAAAAGCUCCCAGCAGAUCUUUUCUAUCUAAUUUAUUCCAUUUUUGCAUAUUUUUUGAAUUCUCCAGUAAAAAGAUGCUGAAAAGCAACUGAAAAGAUUUGAGUGAAUUCAAAAAGUAUCAGCUCAGGCUAUCGAAAAGGAGCUCAAAAGCUUUUCCAGAUCAUUUUAGGAACUUUUUUUUCCUCAAAGGAACUUUUCCGCUCUACCUAUGAUGAAUAACGAUGUGAUUUUUUAACAACUUUUUUUCGAAAAAAAUGUACUAAACAGGAUAUUUCUAAAUCAAAAAAACUGGGUCUACUUAUCUCGUAAGAUCAAGUUGAAUUUUCUUUUUUUCUAUUAUUUGAUUUUCAAAAAAAUCUUCGAAAGCAAAAAAAAAACUGACUUUAUUAUAUCAUUCAUUUUUUUAGAGAUUUAUUUCAAUUGCUCAAAAGUAAUACAGUGAGUAGCUAUUUUCAAAACUUUCCCGGAAUUUUUUAAACUGUUGGUAUCGGAAGAAAAAGAUAUAAUCCAAACAAAUAAGUUUAGUUUUACUAAGUAUUCUCGUUGUUUUUGAAAAGAAACGAAAGUUUAGUGCCUGAAAUGCGUUUCUUGCUGAAACGGUUCUCAAAACGAAAAGAAAGAUCAGUAGAUCUCGUUCUCGAGUUGUGAGACGCUUCAAAAGCUUGAAAUAGCGCUUUUCGUAAUAAGUUGCAUAUUUUGCGGAAUUUGAAGCUCCAUAAUUCGAAAACGAGAUCUAAAACCUAGCUAGCUUUUUUUUUAAUAAAAAAAUAUUGAAUGUUGUUUACUUUGACAUUUUAUUUAAUAGGUAGCAAAAUAAGUGUUAUUUUUUUUUUCCAGAAACGGCUUCCGCGAGGGUACAACGCCCAAAGCCAAGGCUGCUCCUGCCAGUUAA